GGGUGGAAACGAUCGAUCGCAUCACGCUGUCAAUCACUCUCUCUUGAACUGUGUGAACCUUCUCUUCUCACAGCAACAUACACUGAAUCUGUCUAUGACUCGCGCUACAGAAAGAGAACAGAGAAAUGCGGAUAAAAGAAAUCUAAUUAAAUAAUCCAUGCUUUUAUACGCUCAUAAACGUAUUUAAAAUAACGUAACACAAACUCGCAUGUGUACUGUAUGUGAACAGGCAGCAGUGCUGUGCGCGCUGUGUCGCUAUGAAAGCACAUGUGGGCGUGAGCUGCGCACAGGACGCUCCGUUCAUCCUGUAUAUAACAGGCAAGAAAUCAUACUAAACUAUUUGUGCACGCGCGCAUAACAUCUAACGAAUGUUUAAAUAAAUACUUUUAGCCAAACUAAAUGUUGUGGUGUAACGCAUUAUGACUAUCAACGACUACUUAACAAACGAAUUAAAUAAAACGAAAGUGAAACUAAACAUUAACUCGGAUGCAUCUACAGUGCCAACCUAAACGAGAUUUAGAGCUUUAGUGCAAACUCUUUCUCAGCUUCACGUCCGCCCUCCGCUAUACCCGUUUUCGCUUCACAUAUGAGCUGUGAAUGGGUCUCACAAAGAAAUACGUCAUCAACUAGAAUUUAUCGUUUAUAUCGCGGGAAGACUAAUUCCUAUCGUGUGGGGAAUUUCUACCGGUAUAUCGCAAACGAUAUAAUAUCGCCCAUCCCUAUUCUGAAGUGGACUGUUCCAAUGAUUCUAACCUUGUGGUUUGUGCUGACCACGAAACUUCAAAUGCACAUUCAGGUGAUAAUUUUGAAGAAAUUCUGCCUGGCCACCUGUUUGUCAACCUACAGGACUCUCCACCCAACCCAAUUGAAGCUGAGCCCUUCCCUACCACCUCUAAUCAGGGUCAUUAUGCACUGAGACGGAGGAAUGUUCCAAGGGUUACAUCUGAUUGGUCAGUGAAUAAGUGGACCAACCCAUAUCACACACAAAGAUUUGAGUUGUAGUAGUGAUAUGUAAGAUAAAACGGGGUUUUUCGAUAGUGUUAAUCGCUGUUGUUCUUUGUUCAUUCAUGGUACUUUAUUCAUGUUUUUGUUACAGUCACCCUUAUCUACUAUGUUGCUGUAAUGAUGUACUCUUUACAAACAUGUAUGCUUGUGCUGGUUGUACAUUGUGUUUUCUCCCUGCCCUGUAGCUUUUCGACUUUAUCAUGUAUGGGGGUUGUUAAGUGUUUGCUGUGUGCGGCUGAGGGCAGCCUUUUUUUUGGGGGGGGGAAAUCUGUAACGAGUGGUAUAAGGUGUGGGCCCUUUAAGAGCAAUUUGCCUAUGUUCCUUUUUUUUACCUUUUGUGUAUGUGCGCAUGUGCGAGAUUGUCUUGCGCCAAAACUGCACCCCGCAUGUAUGCCGGUGGGAGUCUGAUGCUCCAUUUUCAUUUUUAUUAUUUUAAUCUUAGUUUUGUUAAGUGACACGUUUCCCACGGAGGUUUGCCGUGUGCUCCGAGGAAUAAAUCCGUUUCUGAGGGACACUGUUUGAAUGAAGAGGAGUAGACACGAAGAUGACUCUGAAACAUUACACUUGGCUCAAGAUUGUGGGCAGCGAGGAAACAAGCUCCCUCGAACAGAGGUUGAAAAGAUUAUUUCAGAAAAGGUUAAGAAUGCAGUCGAGCUGUCUGACCACAGGAUGAAGGAUCUGAUGGAGAGAAUUGGGGAGGUGAAGAAUGAACCCAGAUACGAUGCAAGGAUCAAGAAACUAGAAGCACACAUAUUGAAGAUAAAACGGAGGGGAGAUGCGGUAUUCACAUAUAUCAGAAAACUCAGAUCUUUGGGGAUUUUUCAGAAUCAGUCUCUCUCAUCAAGUUCAACUGCCGCCCCUGGACAGCCACUGCGAUUCAUCUCUGGCGCUGAACCCAUCAGCCGCAUGUCCAGAGGUUCAGUCAGCAGUGGAUGUUCUGUGUCCCCAGCAGAUAAUGACUGUGAUAUAGCUGCUUUAAGAAGACCAAGAAAGGGGUUCUGGGAGAGUGUGCGGUCCAAGAAACAGGUUGUUGACCUCACAGAAGAUGGCAGCGCAGGUAAACCGUGUGAAGAAACUCUGGUUACAGAACCGUCAGAUCAGUCCCAACAAAAAAUGGAAGUUUCAGAACAGCCUAAACCCUCCAGCAAACCACCCACUCCUAUAAAAGCAGAAAGUCAAUGUGUUAAGGAGGAAGACAGUUCUUCAGGUCAGCUGGAUGAGUUUUUUUCUUUGCAGGAGGACUGGCACUCCAAACUCAGUCCUUUCCCAGAUACCCCGUUUCCCAAGGAGCUUCCACUUGCAGCUGCCAGUCAUAACUUGCCACAGAAGCCAAUAGUGAAAUUAGCACGAAUUGGACGCGUGAGAGAAAUAGGCAUCGCUUGGAAUGUAGACGUGAAAGAUCCCCACGCUGCCGAGAUGGAUCGCUACUACAUUUAUGUUGCCAAUGAACAAAAAAAUGGCACCUUUUCAGCAUGGAAAUGCCUUGGUGUGAUCAAAGCCAUGCCUCUCCCUAUGGCCUGCAAGGUCUCUGACUGCAAAGGCGAUAAAAGACUGUGUUUCAUUGUCGUGGGGAAGGAUAUAUUUGGCCGUUACGGGCCAUACAGUGACAUACAUAGUGUUGGAGCAGGACAGACUUGAUUUUGCCAAUGCUUCUCUGAUGGGGUGUAAACACUCUGAAGGCCGAUUCACAGAUGAUGAAUGUGCCUGUUUACACUGAAAUGGGAAGGUGUGUUCAUUUUUUAACAUCAAGUUGAAGGCGUUUUGUUCUUUGGUGUGUUAUUUCAAAUAUCCUAAAUAAAAUAUGAAAGCUGCCACCUAGUAUUCGUUUUUAAGGUUAUAUGUAAUGGCAAUGAAAUACCUGAUUGUAUUUUCCCCUAGCAUUUAUAAUAAGAAUUCUUUGGUAAUAUGUGCGCCAAACAGCAGUUACUAGCCAAAAAGACCAUAAAAACCAUACAGGCACCAUUUGUUCACGUUGACUGCAUUCAUGUUGGUAAAAAUGGAUGAAAUGAGAAUGUUCAGCUAUAAUGUUCACCCAAAUCCAGUGUGAACUGUUAAGUCAAUAAAAGUGUUUUAAAAAGAACAACCG